AUGGUGGAACUGCUUCUCAAACAACAAGCUGAUCCUAAUAUCAAAAAAGAAGAAGAUUGGACAGCACUUAUGAUAGCCAGUCAAAAUGGUCAUUAUCAAGUAGUCAAACUGCUACUCAAACAACAAGCUGAUCCUAAUAUCAAAGAAGAAGAUUGGACAGCACUUAUGAUAGCCAGUCAAAAUGGUCAUUAUAAUGUAGUGGAAUUGCUACUCAAACAACAAGCCAAUCCUAAUAUUCAAAAUAACAACGGACCAACAGCUCUUAUGAUAGCUAGUCGAAAUGGUUAUUAUCAAGUGGUGGAACUGCUACUCAAACAACAAGCUGAUCCUAAUAUUCAAAACAAUAACGGAAUAACAGCCCUGUACAUAGCCAGUCAAAAUGGUCACUAUCAAGUGGUAGAACUGCUACUCAACCAACAAGCUGAUCCUAAUAUUCAAAACAAUAACGGAAUAACAGCCCUGUACAUAGCCAGUCAAAAUGGUCAUUAUCAAGUGGUAGAAUUGCUACUCAAUCAACAAGCUGAUCCUAAUGUUCAACUGCCAGACGGACAAACAGCCUUAUAUGCAGCCAGUCAAAAUGGUCAUUAUCAAGUGGUGGAACUGCUACUCAAACAACAAGCUGAUCCUAAUAUCAAAGAAGAAGAAGAUUGGACAGCACUUAUGAUAGCCAGUGAAAAUGGUCAUUACAAUGUAGUGGAAUUGCUACUCAACAACGAGCCAAUCUAA